AUGAAGUUCAACCUCAUCUUCAAACUUUGCUCCGAUCAUUUGAUUGUUGUUCGGUGGGUAAUGCACGGUGUCCGCGGAUCGAACUUCUCACUCUUUCCAACGACGACCGAACAGGCCAGAUUAGGGAAGCGUAAAUGGCAGGAUACAGUAUCUCAUACUUCCAUGCGAUACGCUUGGAUGCUGUCACUGUCCAAGGAAUUAGACAACUGGCAGGCAGCAGGUCACCUCGGAUCGGCAAUUGACAAAGUGGAGGUUGGUAAGACCUAG